GUUUAGGCGGCGACCACAUGCCUUUCGGCUCUGGAGGCAUUCUCAGCCUUCCGGACGGCCAAGACUUGGUCUUCCGGGCCGGGCUGAGCAGCAUGCUCUGCCACUGGUUCCCAUGCUUAAUUUUUUAGGCCCUGUCAGGGCGCCCGAUGGCAGGUCCAGAUAAUGUGAUACAGGUCUGUCCUUUCUUCAAGAAAUUUACAUUUGCCGGAAUAUUGUUCUGGAUUAUAGUGGUUAUGGGUGACCAAGUUUGAAUAUGUAUUCUUUUAAAGGAGGUGCAAUGCCACCGCUUGCUGCUUAUUAAGGGAUGGGUGUGCGGGGGGGAAGGCGGACCCUUCUCAAUCUGGAAUGGUUAGUCAUCUGCCUGUAGGCAGCCAAAACGUGAGCAAUGUUUUUUUUUUACAUUUAGGACAGCACAGCCUAUAAAGAUAAUGAAGAAAACCACAUACCACAAGCGUUUACGUUGAAGCACCGAGUAAUUUAAGGGCAUGCUUUGUUCAAACAGUGUAACGUGUGUGUCAAAAUGUAAGGAUUAGACUAUUACAUGUUGUUGCCUUCCGACGCAGAACUGGGUCUCAUAUAUAUUAGCAGAGGCCCUUUUAUUUACAACCGGUCAGAGGUGAUACAAAAACUGCUUACAAUCUGACAUUUCCAAUUUCAAUCUCAGCGGGGGGUUAAAGGAUGUGUUUAGUUACCAGCAAGUCACUCUAUGCCAGCGCUUGCGCAUUUCAAAUUUUUUUUUUUACAUCAGCGCACAGUGGAUGCGUAAUGCAUAUUUUGUAAUACUUCACGUCACUCGAUCCGUUCAAGUAACAAUAAAGUGGAAAUAGUCAUGAAAGAGUAUUUAAAAAGCUAAAGGCUUAGUCACGGAACAGCAGAGACAUCACUUGUGCUGGUUCGUCCUUUUUAUGCAAGAACUACAUUGAUAACGACGGUUAAACCCAAGGAAGAUGGUAGAAAUUUUUAGGGCAAUAUUGGUUACGAUGGCCGCGUCAGUACUGGCUUUACCAUCCGCCCGAAGUGAAGCGAAGCACCAGCUGGUUCACGGUGUCACAGACGCUUUCAAGACUCUCCGAGCUUUCCCGUACGUCAUGUCCAUCUACGAUGCAGACGCUGAUGGAGAUCUCAACUGCGUAUAUGCAGUUCGAACCGAUUUCAGCGAUGAACCACUGCAGGCAACUUACGUUUUACUAGUGAACGGCAUUGGAGGGCGCCAACCACGCAACAUUACUUAUCACAUCAAGCCUGGACCGUCCCCCGAUGUAACGUUGUUUACUAUUGACGACGACUAUGACAACGUGCAUGAAUGCCAUUUUGACUACACAGACUACAAGAACUGCGUCAUCUUGGAAUUUCUAUUCGUAGGUGGGCAAGACUGCCUAUUGUGGAUUACGAAAGAAGCCUUGGCCGAUAUACCGGAGGAAUGCAUGCGUCAGUACGUUGACACCUGCGACCAGGUGCCGAAGUCCUAUGACGAAGAAACCUGCGAUGCAUUCAGUCUGUAGGGGCGUAAUUUCACGUGGCAUCAUCAUCAACUCUGGCAAGUUGCCAUUUAAAUUCAUGAAGGAGGACAGAACAGAUUACUUGAAAAAUACUACACUGCAGCGAAAACGCAAGUUCAACUGCCAAAAAGCUCAGUUUAGAAGGGUUAUGCUACAAAACAGAAUAUGUUUUAGGAUUUUAAACUUUGGGGUUGAGCGACAGCCUCCACGAAGAAAUAAAGCAAGCAAAGCUUGAAAACCA